AUGGAGCUCGCGGCUGCCGGAGAGGCCGAUUUUGACGGCCUUCUCUCCGAGGCGCUUGCGGCGUGUGACGCAGCCACACCUUCGGGUGGGGAGGAGAUUGGUGCCUGUGCAUUGAAGCUGGCCCAGGAGCACCUGAAGCGGCCCCCGAAGGUGAAUGGCGCGCGAGACUACGAGCAAGCAACGAAGCUGGCAGACAGCGUGCGAUCCGCAUCCGCCGCCUGGGUGGAGUCCCAGGCGGCAAUGAAGAAGGCGAGGGCAGCAUACGCGAGCGCAGUGAUUCAGCUACAGGAGGAGCUCGUCAGAAUCGGCGAGGGUGACUUUGACGGGUUGCUCCGCCAGGCGGUGACAGGCCUACGCGACGAGGUAAUGUUGCCAGCCAGCGUCCAGCCCCUUCGAGAGGAGAUGCAGCAAGAGGAGACGCCCGACACCGUGGACGCACCGCCCAUCACAGUGCCAUCACCCGACAUGGAGCCACCGCCGAUCACAGUGCCAUCACCCGACAUGGAUUCGACGCCACCGCCGAUCACAGUGCCAUCACCCGACAUGGAUUCGACGCCACCGCCGAUCACAGUGCCAUCACCCGACAUGGAUGCGAACUCGGCCCUUCCCUACGGAGAGCCUCCUGACGGAGAGGUAAUGGUGCUUGCCUCGCCGCGGCCCGUCCCCGCCUCCCUCGCGCCAGUUCUGCCGCUGAGGAUGGAGGUUAGCGAGAUCGACGAGGGAUGCGUCCGGCUCGGAACUCUCCCGGCGCAGCUGCAGGCGUCGCUCCUGCGCGAGUCCUUUCAGGCGGGCGCGCAGGGCGUGCACAUGGUCCCAUACGAUAGCAUGCACGAGUCUGGUGCCGCCGCCGCCGUUCUCGCCACGAUACGAGCUGCCGCUCCGGCGCUCCCGGCGGCAGCGCAAGCGAAGCUGGAGGAAUUCAUGCCCUGCUGCGUGCGAGUCGCUUUCGAGACCAUGGGAGGUCGUCAAAUCAGACCAGCGAGCUCGCUCUGCGGCUGGAGCGCGGACAAGCUGCGGGCCAACGGUGGCGACGGCGGGCUCAAGCUGCUGGUGCUCCUCGGCGACGCUGCGAGCGUCACGGAGGGCUUCAAGUACACUCGUCGCAAGGACGAGCAGGCCCUGGAGGUACCCCUACGGCCGGGCGAGAUGCUGCUGCUCUAUGGCGAGGCCCGCUCGUGGCUGAGCGCUGUGACGGGCUACGCGCCUCCCAAGGGGCGCGCCAAGGAGAGCGGCGGGCCCUUCUCCUUUGUCCACCUAUCCUUCGAGGAUUUGCGCAACUAUGCAAAGGCCAAGCCAAAGGAGUAUGGGAAGCUACUCCGGCCGUCGCACCCGUCGGCUGGCGACGGGGGCUACAAGUGGAUGCAGUUCUCGUACACGGUUCGAAAGGCGCCGUCGGGGCCAGGCGGAUUGCCCGUGAUCGAUUUGCGUGGCCACGAGUGA